CUUUGUUGGAAGAUCUGAUGAUGUGAUUGCAUGUCAUGAGGUGAUUGCUCUCCAGCCUCCAGCCUCCGUGGCUCAGUGUAUAAACCACUUCUGCCACACUGUCACUCAUGGACAAUUCAAAUUUUUCUUUUAAACAAUCCUUUUGGCAUUUUUGUUUCCUCACUUCUCAUUUCCCCCUUGUUUCUUCUCAGUGUUGGGAGCUCUAUUCUACCCUCUGAUGUGAUUGAUAGUCCUGCUUCUCUGUGCUGCUGAUUUCCAGUUUAAACUACAAUGGCUCUAAGUGGCAACUGCAGGACUUACCUUCCUGCCCGGGAGCAGGGGCCGGGGCUGCACUCCUUCCCCGAGGUGGUGGAGCUCAACGUGGGCGGCCAGGUUUACUUCACUCGCCACUCCACCUUGGUAGGCACCCCUCACUCCCUGCUCUGGAAAAUGUUCACCCCAAAGAGAGACACAGCCAACGAUCUGGCCAAGGACUCCAAGGGAAGAUUCUUCAUUGACAGAGAUGGUUUCCUGUUCCGCUAUAUUCUGGACUAUCUCAGGGACAAGCAAGUGGUUCUGCCCGACCACUUCCCAGAGAAGGGAAGGCUCAGGAGGGAGGCUGAGUACUUCCAGCUCCCAGACCUGGUCAAGCUCCUGACUCCUGAUGACACCAAGCAAAGCCCUGAUGAUUAUUGCCACAGUGACUACGAAGAGGUGUCUCAGGGCAGUGACACCAGAAUUUGCCCCCCCUCGUCACUCCUGCCACCAGACCGCAAGUGGGGAUUCAUCACCAUCGGCUACCGUGGCUCGUGCACCGUUGGCAGGGAGAGCCAAGCAGAUGCCAAAUUCAGGAGGGUCCCAAGGAUUUUGGUUUGUGGAAGGAUUUCUUUGGUCAAAGAGGUUUUUGGAGAAAGUUUGAAUGAAAGCAGAGACCCAGACAGGGCUCCAGAAAGGUACACCUCCAGGUUUUAUCUCAAGUUCAAGCACCUGGAGAGGGCUUUUGACAUGUUGUCCGAGUGUGGAUUCCACAUGGUGGCCUGUAACUCCUCGGUGACGGCUUCCUUCGUCAACCAGUACACAGACGACAAGGUCUGGUCCAGCUACACCGAAUACGUCUUCUACCGAGAGCCCUCCCGCUGGUCCUCGUCCCACUGCGACUGCUGCUGCAAGAACGGCAAGGGCGACAAGGAGGGCGAGAGCGGCACGUCCUGCAAUGAGCUGUCCACGUCAAGCUGUGACAGCCAGUCCGAGGCCAGCUCCCCCCAGGAGACCGUCAUCUGCGGGCCCGUCACACGCCAGCCCAACAUCCAGACUCUGGACCGGCCGGCCAAGAAGGGCCCAGUGCAGCUGCUGCAGCAGUCCGAGAUCCGCAGGAAGAGCGACCUGCUCCGGACUCUCACCUCCGGCUCCCGCGAGUCCAACUCCAGCAAGAAGAAAGCGGUGAAGGAGAAGCUCUCCAUUGAGGAAGAGCUGGAAAAGUGCAUCCAGGAUUUCCUCAAGAUCAAAAUCCCAGACAGGUUUCCCGAGAGGAAGCACCCCUGGCAAUCGGAACUGCUGCGGAAGUACCACCUUUAGGGGUGGGUGGGCAGAGUGCACGACCUUGCCACCUUAGAGCCAGAGCCCGAGAGAUACAAACGUAAUUUCCAAUAAUGACUAUUUGUUAGGUCGCCAAAACCAAAAUC